AUGGGCUACCAACACGCUACUCGCGAAUUGUUGGGGUAUCUUCGCAUUGCGUCCCCAAUCCUCCUCCUUCUCGUCUUUGUGGCUUCGUUCAUUGCCAGCUCCGUUGUCACGGCCCGCAAUGCGAACAAGAACACAAAUGCCGUUCACACAGGUCCCGGUGGAAGACCACUCCCCAAGCGAUCGAGGAGUACAAUGACCGUGAUCAAGGCACCCCAAAGGUUUUCCCGGAACACGAAACUAUUUUUCAAGUGGCUCUCCGUCGGGGUUCUUUUGACAAUCGCCGCGGAUGGUGCUAUCAACAUUGCCCAUGUUAUGAUUGCGAGAUCGGAACAUUGGUGGUGCGGCCAGUCUGUAGUGAUCUACGUCGUGGGGUCAUUUUUCGACUACGCGAUCAUUCUCGUCUCGUUACUGGAUACCAAUCCUUCUCCGACUUUCGCACAGUUCAUUCCAUGGCUAGCAGCGGUCCCGAUUGAGCUGGGAAUUCUAGCCUCCUCGCUUUCAAUCUAUGCUGGCGUACACCGUGAACCCGUGGUUGGGGAUCCUACUAGCGGCCGCCUGAGACAAGGUAUAACGCCAUGGGAGUUAACGGAGGUGGUGUUGAACUGCCUCAGGAUACUGUUUCUCAUGGCUAUGGUCACGGUGUAUACGUUCAACUCAGUCAACGUUGGUUCCAAAAGAGCCCAUGGUCACGCCAAUGGUGUUACCGAGUCCACGGGACUGCUCAGCGCCCACCACGCAGAGAAUGGGAACGGGAACGCUUAUGGCUCAACCAACGGUCACGCGCAACCUUCCAAACCCGCCGACCCAUGGGUUCGCCCGACUACCGUUCCGUCAACCAGCUGGUGGGAAUACCUGAGCGGUUAUUCGUUAUUCUUCCCCUACUUAUGGCCCUCCAAGUCUCGUCAACUUCAAGUUGUGGUCGUCAUUUGUUUCGUGCUGAUUGUCCUGCAACGAAUCGUAAACGUUUUGGUUCCCUACCAGGCAGGCGUUAUCACCAACAUUCUCUCCAAAGGAGAUGGCGACUUCCGGGUUCCAUGGUUUGACAUUUGUCUCUAUAUCCUCUAUCGCUGGUUGCAAGGUAAUCAGGGACUCAUUGGGUCUUUGCGUUCCAACCUGUGGAUUCCUGUGAGCCAGUAUUCCUAUAUGGAGCUUUCAACUGCGGCCUUCGAACACGUGCAUAGUCUCAGCCUCGAUUUUCACCUAGGGAAGAAGACGGGUGAGGUGCUCUCAGCCCUGAGCAAGGGUAGUUCGAUCAAUACCUUCCUCGAACAAGUCACCUUCCAAGUUGUCCCUAUGUUGGUUGAUCUCUGUGUUGCGAUUGUCUUUUUCCUCAUUUUUCUGGAUGCCUACUAUGCCCUUGUGGUCACAAUCGUGACUUUCUGCUAUCUUUAUGUCACAGUGCGCAUGGCACAAUGGAGAGCUGAAAUUCGUCGAGAGAUGGUCAACAAAUCACGGCAAGAAGACGCCGUAAAGAACGAUUCAAUGGUCUCCUAUGAAACUGUGAAAUAUUUCAAUGCAGAGGAUUACGAGUUUGGCAGAUACCGAAAUGCCGUGUCUGACUUCCAGAAGGCCGAAUACCACGUGCUCUUCUCUCUCAAUCUUUUGAACACGUCGCAAAAUACCGUGUUCAUGCUAGGUUUGCUGAUUGCUUGCUUCAUAGCGGCCUAUCAGGUGUCAUUAGGACAGCGGGAUGUUGGUCAAUUCGUCUCGCUCCUCACGUACAUGGCCCAGUUACAGGGGCCCUUGAACUUCUUCGGCACCUUCUAUCGUUCCAUCCAGUCGGCCAUGAUCAACUCAGAGCGGUUAUUGGAACUAUUCAGAGAACAGCCUACCGUGGUCGAUCGACCCAGCGCCAGGCCUCUGCCAGUCUGUAAGGGUGACAUCAUGUUCGAGAACGUGGAGUUCUCGUACGACACCCGGAAACCAGCCUUAAAUGGGUUGACAUUCCGCUGCGAGCCAGGGACGACAACGGCUCUGGUGGGUGAGUCUGGCGGAGGCAAGUCUACUGUCUUCCGGUUACUCUUCCGGUUCUAUAACGCUUCGCGGGGCCGUAUUCGUGUAGAUGGACACGACGUCGAAGGUAUCACCAUUGACUCGCUUCGGAGGCACAUCGGAGUUGUGCCACAGGACACUGUGCUCUUCAAUGAGACACUGAUGUACAACCUGAAGUAUGCCAAUCAGAAUGCCACAGACGAGGAAGUAUACGACGCUUGUCGUGCUGCCAGCAUUCACGACAAAAUCAUGUCUUUCCCUGACGGCUACAACACCAAGGUUGGUGAGCGCGGUUUGCGGCUCAGCGGAGGCGAGAAGCAACGGGUUGCCAUUGCACGAACCAUAUUGAAGAAUCCGCGGAUUAUUCUCUUAGAUGAAGCAACCGCUGCCCUGGACACGGAGACAGAGGAGCACAUUCAAGGCGCGCUGUCCAGCCUCUCUCUUGGCCGUACCAUGCUUGUCAUUGCCCAUCGGCUGAGUACUAUCACGACGGCAGACCGCAUAGUUGUCUUGCAUGAGGGACGAGUAGCCGAAACUGGUACUCACGAUCAGUUGCUGGCUAUGAAAGGCCGAUACGCAAGCAUGUGGCGUAAGCAAAUUCGUGCCCAGAGAGCAGCUGCGGAAGCCCAAGUGCUUCAAGAUCGCGCUCAACGCCUGCGUAGUGCAUCCACAUCGGGUGCCGCAGAUGAUAGCUCCAGUCAGUCCGACGAGGACCGGAAUGGCAAUGCCCCGGCCGGGGCCCGUCCUACCAACAAGCCUGGUAACGAGGGUCGAAAAUGA